CAUAUAAUGGAAGAUAAUUAUGUGCCUUAUGGAAGAUCAACACGGUUUGCUCGACCCCAAACAAAUGAUGAUCACUUUAGAAGAGAAGUUUUUCUUGGAGUCAUUGAUCAAAUUAGUCAAGAGCUUGAAAAUCGGUUUGAUGAGAUCAAUAUGGAGCUGCUAUCUUGUAUGUCUGCUUUGAAUCCCGCCAACUCAUUUGCUGCUUUUGAUGCACAAAAGGUACGAAGACUUGCUGAUUUUUAUCCCAAAGACUUUUCAAGUGCCGACUUGAUACACCUUGAACUACAACUUGAUAACUAUAUUGAUGACAUGAGAAAUGAUGAGAACUUUCAAGGCCUUGGGAAUCUUGUUGAUCUCUCUGUUAAGCUUGUCCAAACAGGGAGACAUAUAGUUCAUCAUUUGGUGUACUUGCUUUUAAAAUUGGUAUUGAUUCUCCCGGUGGCAACGACAAAUGUUGAGAGAGCAUUUUCUGCCAUGAGUUUUGUCAAGAACAAGUUGAGAAAUAAGAUGGGUGAUAGUCUUUUGGAUGAUUGCCUAGUCACAUACAUUGAGAGGGAUGCUUUCUCCGAGGUGAAUGAAGAUGACAUAAUUGACACCUUCAUGGCAAUGCAAAAACGUAGGCCAGAAAGAUAGUCUUUUUGAACUUCUCAAGG